CGUGUCCGGGACACGAGCGACUACGCCGACUGGUCAUGAAGCGAAGCCUGGUUCAUCCUCACCCAAUGCUGCUUUUCUGGGGCGGCCGCGUGAGUCUCAGAGCCAAUCAGAGGCGACGUCGCUUGUGCGCCUCCACGUCGGCAGCAGCUGCGGUCAAGAUGGAGGCACUGAUUUUGGAGCCCUCCCUGUACACUGUCAAGGCCGUCCUGAUUCUGGACAAUGAUGGAGAUCGACUCUUUGCUAAGUACUAUGACGACACCUAUCCCAGUGUCAAGGAGCAAAAGGCCUUUGAGAAGAACAUUUUCAACAAGACCCAUCGGACAGAUAGUGAAAUUGCUCUGUUGGAAGGGCUGACAGUGGUCUAUAAAAGUAGCAUCGAUCUCUAUUUCUAUGUGAUUGGCAGCUCCUAUGAAAAUGAGUUGAUGCUUAUGGCUGUUCUGAAUUGCCUGUUUGACUCCUUGAGCCAGAUGCUGAGGAAGAAUGUAGAAAAGAGAGCUCUGCUGGAGAACAUGGAGGGGCUCUUCUUGGCUGUGGAUGAAAUUGUAGACGGAGGGGUGAUCCUAGAGAGCGACCCCCAGCAAGUGGUGCACCGCGUGGCUUUGCGGGGUGAGGACGUCCCCCUUACAGAGCAGACCGUGUCUCAGGUGCUACAGUCAGCAAAAGAACAGAUCAAGUGGUCCCUCCUUCGAUGAAGAUGUUUCAUGCCCAGUUCCUUGCGCCUCAAAACCCCACAUCUGCUAUGACUUCUUAUCCAGGCCCCCAACAGAUGCUCUUAGGGUCAUGUUGGAGAAUCACAAUGGACCCUUGCAUCUCUGUCCUUUCUAGGGUCCUUUGUCCCCCACUUCCUUCCCACUCAAGGGCAGAUUUGAAUGAGGCAGGGGAAACACCCUCUUCCUACUACACUGGUUCUCCCACCCCCACAUUCUCUCCUGGCCCUUUUCUAUGGCUGUACUUCAGAUCAAAGCAGGAGAAAGAAUGUGCUGCGUGUUUCCCUCCCUGUGCCCCAAGGGCCCUCAUCCCACCAUCCCUUAUGUCCAGCAAAGGGAGGACUCCUUCCUUCAGUCCAAGUGGGUCUGGCGUGGCAGGGGCUGCACAGCUUCUCUCCUUCCUGCUGCCCUGUCCUCUGCCUUGAAGAGAUUGGGAACAGAGCUGCAAAGGGACAGUGAUUUAACUGCUGUCCGUGAGUGUGCAGGCAGUGCAGUCUCUGCUAUAAUCUGCCCUUCAGCCUCAAGGCUGCUGUGCCUACUCUAGGUCUGUACCACACCUCUCCCAGGUCUUUGCCUGGUGUGGCCUCUGGUAGCCUGGAGCAAAGCCAGACCUUGGAACUAAAACAGAGGUGGCUGCCAGAAGUUUGUACACAGAACCUGGAAGAAAGGGUCCUUCAUGACUUGGUCUUGCCGUCUUCCUUCUCUGCUCUCGCGUUCCUACUCCUCUGCCGUGGUUCUGCAGUCUGCUCUUCAGCUCUCUCUCUCUGCCCCAGCCUUCCCCUCAGCCGAGGGGCUGGUGCCUGCCUUUCUUCUAAGGCUUGGAUUCCCGUUCUUGGUUGAAAUGUUGCCCCUUGACCCCACAUCUCCGUGAAAAUGUCUUAGAAAAACGUUCCCCUGCUUUGGCUGAAGUGGGCAGAUUGGAGGUGGCCUCUGCAAGAAAUGGAGUCAGGCGAAGUACAGUACGUUGCUAUGCGUCAGAGGAAUAAAGCGAAUCUCUUCCAAA